CGUUCCGCCUCCACUUCCACUUCACUGAUGCACAUGCACUCCUCCCCGCUUUCCCAGUCCCCACCCCCCCCGACUCCUUUAACCCCCGUCACCGCGCCGCACCGGCGACUUGCCUCUCCACUGCUCCAACUCCAUUCCCCCACACCCGCUCGCGCGGUUGCUCAAUGGCGGGAGGCGGGGCGUCGUCGGCGUGGGGCCCGAGCCCGGCUCUGGUGACCGCGCUGGUGGCUCUGCUCGGCCUCGGCCUCGCCGCCUACAUCGUCGGCCCGCAGCUCUACUGGCACGCCGCGGAGGCGCUCACGGCGGCGGCCGCGUGCCCCGCCUGCGACUGCAACUGCGACGCGCGCCCGCUCCUCGACCUCCCGGAAGAUUGUGCUAAACACUUCAAGGGGGUCAAGAGUCGAGCAUCUGGUGAAGAGACAGAAAAAAGUUUCACAGAGCUGCUUGUGGAAGAACUAAAGCAGAGAGAAGAGGAGGCAACACAAGCUCAGCAAGAGGCUGAUGUUAAGUUGCUCGAGGCCAAAAAAUUAGCUUCACAGUAUCAGAAGGAGGCUGACAAAUGCAGCUCAGGCAUGGAUACCUGUGAAGAAGCUAGGGAGAAGUCAGCUGUAGCAUUGGUCCAACAGAAGAAACUGACUUCUUUGUGGGAGCAAAGGGCUCGGGAACUAGGAUGGAAACCCGAGAAUACCAAGGCACACCUAUAGUAAAUCAAAUACCCUUGUGGAUGGGGUUGUAUACUAUGUGUACCAUAGAUCACAUUGCAAAUACAACCCACUAAGAGCUCGAGAUGAUGUGGAAACAAAUGGGUUUCUGUUUGAGCGGACUCUAGCACUUGACUCUCUUUACAAGCCAAGGGCCUCCUUGUCCAUAGUAAAUUUGUAUUCAGUUUGUAGUUUACUUUCGUUGCUGUUUGUGAACACUGAUGUGUGUUGGGAUGGUCAUAGGAUGACACUGUUCAUUAUUGUCUAGAUGUUCUAAAAGGAGAAAAGUUAUUGUCUGGGGGUGGUGGCAAUAAAGAAGAAAUUGUCUGAUGUUCUUAAGUUCUUUCA